GACAACAUUCUAACCACACCAGUGGUUAACAAGUUUUGUACUAGUUCAAAUACUGUAGUAAAAUGGAAAUAAAAUUUAAUGAAAUUUUCGUAUAUGCCGUCAUCACAACUUUCGGUUUUUCUUCUGCGGAUAUUUUGAGUAGCGAACUAAAAUCCCAUACCACAGAUAAUAAUUAUGAUAUUACUGCAAUUUACAAGACAAAGAAAAACGCUAAACCGGAAAAUUGCUAUGGUCCAAGUAUUAGAAAUCAAUUGGACGUUAACUUUUGGCCCAAUGAAAAUAAAAGUAAUUGGAACGAUGACUUUAUGAACAAUACCACGCAUACCAAUUGUUACAAAGUUGAAAUUCAUUUAAGAACGAACGCUAUUGGCUUACCAGUAACGUAUGAUGGAAAAUUGUUGAGUUUUGGUAACAAAGAUUUCGAGGUUAUUGCAGAUUCGACAUUUGGAAAUAUAUUCAAUUACAUAGACUAUGACGAAAGAAACAAUUGGGAUUUGGUCAGUCGCGGAAUAAAUGAUAAUAUCUAUGUCUAUGAUAACAAGCGACGUACAGCUUCAAAAAAUCCUGAUGUUAUCACUGAAUACGAAUAUUUGACAAAUUUAAGGGAUUUUGAUCAAUUUAAUAUAAAAUGGAGAUCAAGCCGUACAAUUCAAGCAUGUUUAUCGAUAUCUUACUACUCUUUGAAUUCUAGAUCUUCAAUGGAAAUAUUUAAAAAAAAUCAUCCAAAUGCCAUUUUAUCUCAUAGUUUUGAGCGAACAGACUACACCAUAGAAACGUUAGUAUUACGUACAAAUGAGAUAUUUUGGGAAAAUGAAGAGUACGAAUUGCGACUUAAGUUCGACUCCCAAUCUGUUUUUGGAAUAAAGAGAAUAGUUCAAUGUCUGGGAUUAAAUGAAUUUGAAGAAGUGUACACUGGUCUACCUAUGCAAAGGUUCCCAUCAAAAGUCGGAAUUUAUCCCUUUGGAAACCCAAGUAAAAACAAUUUCGGGUAUUGGCCAACUCCAAAAGACGAGCCAUGUUAUAACGGAGGGAUAUAUGUAAAUAAGAAAUGCGUCUGUCCACCAGGGUUUAAAGGAGAUAACUGUGCAUUUGCAUGUGGGCCAAAUAAAUUCGGUUUUGACUGUACCGGCAUUUGUUCAAUGGAGGAAGAUAACUGCAAAGGAGCGAUAAUUUGUACGAACAUUUUCUCAUGCCAGUGCACUACUGGAUACACUGGCAAGUUCUGUGAAGAUGAAUGUCCUCGGGGAUAUUAUGGAUUCGGUUGUAACCAAAAGUGUUCAGAAAAUUGUCAUUCUAAUGAAUGUAAUAUAUUCUCCGGUGCAUGUACUAAAGGAUGCAAGAAUGGUUAUUUAAUGCCAAAUUGUAUAGAAAAGUACCCUUGGCUAAUAAUUGCGCCUAAAUUAGUAUCAUCUAAUAUGCAAUCGAUGACUUUGAAUUUCGACUUGUCUUUUGACAAUAUUGGUGGUAGUCGACAGAAAAAACCCACGUAUUACCAUAUAAUGUAUAAGCCAGUUUCGAGUGAAGGAAAUGUUCAAUACACGAAUAUAAAAUACAUCCAACCGCGUAUUAGUAAUAUAACAGAAACCAUCGAUGGGUUAGCAUUUGAUACGUUGUACAGAGUCGGCGUUGUAUUAUUAUCAGAAGACGGGAAUUUCAACGAAGAUGUAAAAACCGCUCAGUAUACGACCACUUGUUAUGAACCUGUUGACGUUAUUUAUAACUUAAUGCUACAUAGCAAAGAUCCAAAGUCAAUAACCGCUACUUGGAAAAAGCACACUCGACGAAGUGAGAACGAAUGCAAAAUAUACUAUCAUUUAACACUUAAGUUUAACCAUACUACAGUGUCUGAAAAUCAAAUAAGUGAAGUUCCGUACGUGGUUAACUUUACAAAUUUAUUGUCUAGUUAUCUAUACACUGUCGAAAUUCGAGCGCAUACAGCUUUAGGAUUAAUAAACCGGACAGAAGUAGCUCAUAUAAGCACUAAGCCAACUAAAGGUAAUAUUAUAUUAAGAAACAUUAAUGGUAAAGCUGAUGCUUUUAACCAUAGCAUUCGUUUGACAUGGGAACUUGCCGAUUCAUUAAUAGGAGACUCAAUAAAUUACACCAUUAAAUAUAAGGUACGCAGAUAUUUUAGUUGUUCUCAUCAUCCAGUUGAAAGCAAUUGGACAACCGAUAAUAUUUAUGGCCGAUUGAUGUAUGAAAUCUCGAACUCAACACCGAACACACAAUAUAUAAUAAACGUUGAACCUAGUAUUAAUUCAGAGUCAUUGGAGAAUUCAGUUUUUGUUAAAACACCAACUUCGACACCAAAUUUAGCUCCUGCUGUCGACAAAAACCAAUCGUUAUAUAUAACUAAUCAGUCUGUCACUGUCAAGUGGAUUUUCGAUAAAAAUCAGUGCACCAAGCUCAACGGAUUUUUUUCAGGAUACCAUUUAAUACUGAAGAAUUUAGAAAAUUAUACAGAAACGGUAGAUGACACAGAAAUUAAUACCAAGGAGUAUGUUAACCUUAAUCCAAACACAAAAUACGAGAUACAAAUUUACAUAAAAAAUAAUGAUGGAUAUAAUCCCAAUUAUAUGCUAGCAAUACCGUUUAAGACAAAAUCUCAGUUUCUAUCGCCUGUUGAAGAUUUAACUGUCUAUAAAAAAGAUUCUAAACAAAGGGCAAUAUCUCUUCGCUGGAGAUACCCAGAGGAAGAGGAUAUUGAAGUCUUAAAUUUUAUAAUCACAAUGACUAAAGACAACGCUUUAACUAAUUUCAAGGAAAUCCGCGCAAAUAAAGAUAAAUGCACAGGUUGGCCCAAUUAUUACUGUGCAACCAUUUCAAAUUUAACGCCUAAAGAUGAAUACACUUUCAAGGUGAAAGCUGUGUCACAAGAUUACGCUGAAGGAGGUCUACCCGCAUCAGUCAGUUGUAACUUCAUAGACGGGUUUUCAGACGAGCCUGGUAAUUUAAGAGCAACACUUAUCGGCUCGAAUAAUAUCACAUUGCAAUGGGACAUUCCGUGGAUUUUGAAUGGCCCUUUAAAAUCGUUUAUUGUAACCACUGAAGAAGUUACAGCAGUAGACAUGGAAACUUGCUGUGCAAGUCUUCCCGAUGUUGAGAUAAACGUUUCAAAAGAAGUUCCAACUUAUAACUGCACGUUGACUAAUCUAAAACCAGGUUCUACGUACUCGAUUGGGGUAUUGUCGAAAACAUCAUGGUAUGGACUAGCAAAACGAAUUUUCGUAUCUACGUUGUCAACUGCCACAUCACAAACAGAGACCAAAAUAUUAGUCUAAUAAAAAAUGUUACAUGUUUUUCACAAUUAUUCUUGAGCUAAUAAUUAUAAGUAUCGUCAUAAUAAAAAUUGUAUUUUACUAUUGAUAAA